AUGGGGCGUUUUCCAGCUAGCACAUACAUUUACAGAAGUAGAAGUAGAAGUAUAUCUAACAGUUACAGUGGAAGUGAUGAUAGUAGAGGUUACAGACGUAAUCAAAAAUACGAAUCGAAAUUACACCAUAAAAGACGUUAUAAUGAAACCUAUGACCGUUAUAGAGGAUCUGAUGAAUCACAAUUUAAUUUAUAUCAACGGGAACGUACUGGAUACCGUCAAAAUCGUCAUUUAAAAGUAAAUUAUGAGAGAUCUUUUUCAAGUGAACGAGAACAAUCUCGUGAAAGGGAAAGAUGCAGAAGACGUUCUCAGGCAGAGUGUAUUAGACGAGCAGGAGGGUACCAAAAAUUAGCUCAGAGUGAAGGGAAAGAUCCUACACCUGUCUUUUAUGAUGGAUUUCAGUGGGUAGCGAAGACUGGAAGUAUUGCAAGCAUGGAUCCAGCUGAGAUGAAUAACACGAGAAAACUUAGACGUCUCUAUUUUGGUAAUCUACCUCUUCAUUUAGGCUUGAAUGAACAUAUAUUCCAGGAUAUAGUUUGGAAAGAGAUGAUAACCAGAAAUAUGUGCAAUAAUCCAAAAGAAAAUCCUAUUCUAUGUGUAUGGUUUGCUCAGAAAAAAGGUACAUAUGGCUUUGUAGAGUUUAGAACUGUUGAAGAAACUGAGAGAGCCUUAAAUCUAGAUGGAAUGAACUGUAUGGGAGUUCAAAUUAAGGUUUCAAGACCAAAUGAUUAUUCUCAAGUGGUCAUUCCCCAAAAUCAAGCCAUAGCUCUUCUUGGACAACAAAGUGUGAACAUGUUGUUAAGUGAACAAAAAAGUAAUAUUGAAUCUCCUAAUAUUAAUUCUAGUAUAAUGCGACUCAUACAAGUUGUGACUCCUUCUAAUAUAGAGGAUAUUUAUGAAUAUGAUGAGAUUUUUGAGGAUGUAAAGGAAGGAUGUGAAAAAUUUGGAAAAAUACUUUCAGGAAGGAUUUUGAAACCCGGAGAAACUGAAGAGUUGAAUGAAGUUCAAAAAAUACGUAACAAUAAUAUUACACUGAAUACUGCAGAUGUAUUUUUGGAAUUUGAAUCCUCUAAUAUUCUGCAAUACUGUCUCACAUCCAUGUUAAAUAGGUCAUACGAAGGGAAACCUUUAAAAAUGGAGAUUUUUGAUCAAAGUAUUUACAGGCAGUAUAUAGUUAAAGUAGAAUCUUAG